CAGCAGCAGAAGCAGCAGCAGAAGCAGCAGCAGAAAACAGACCAGCAACGACAGCAGAGAAGGAACAAGGAAGAGCAGCAGCAGCAGCAGCAACAGCAACAAGAGCAGUGGCAUCAGCAGCAGCAAGUGCCUGAAGCAGCAGCAGCAGCAGCAGCAGCAGCAGCAGCAACAGCAGCAACAGCAACGAGUUCCGAAGUAGCGGGACCUCCAACAGCAGUGCUGGCCAUGCUACCUAGAAAAAGCAGCAGCAGCAGUAUGAGCGACAGAAAAGAGCAGCAGCAGCAGCAAGAAAAGCUGCAGCAGCAAGAAAAGCAGCAGCAGCAGCAGCAGCAGCAGCAGCAGCAGCAGCAGAAGCAGCUGACCGCAUGCGCGGCUCUGGAGAAGACCCUUUUGUGGGACGACAGCAGCAGGCUUGGGGCCGCCGCUGCUGCUGCUGCUGCUGCUGCUGCUGCUGCUGCACCACAGAGAAGCAGAGUGCAGCGCAUGCCCCGGAGCAUUUGUCUGAGACCCUUCAAUCAUCCAAAAAGAAGGAGGCAGCAGCCACAGCUCCUUCCGGGAGUGCCACUGCAGCUGCAGCAAGUCGAAAAACCAGCAGUCCGACAGUCUGCAGCAGCAGCAGCAGCAGCAGCAGCAGCAGCAGCAGCAGCAGCAGAUUUGUAUUGGCCUUUGGCUGAGUGA